CCACAAAGCAGGUACGAUAUGGUAAACAUUAUGCGCUGAGCACUCUACGCGCACAGUGUGUGCAAUUACUGUAACACAGAUGCUGUAUGGCACUAGUGUGUGGAAUUCUCACCAGAUUGUCUCACCGAUACGAAGCGGGCAUUCUUAGAUAUUCUCCGCACUAAAUUUCAUCCUCAGUCAAGCCUUGAUCGCCGCUCUCUCGAUGAUCUGGUGACAACGGUGGAUCCCAGGAAACAAGCUGACACAAUGGCGUUGAGAACCGGAGGAAUUUUGCCGGAUUUCACGGCCCACACCGUUGCGAUCGUCGUCGUUUUCCUGUGCACACUCUCUGCGGUCGAAUGUCAAAUCGGCAGCAUAUCGUACGGUCGUUGCGAGCCCAUAACCAUUCCGCUGUGCCAAGAUGUCCCUUACAACGAGACGAUCAUGCCGAACUUACUCAACCACAACAGACAGGAGGAAGCCGGCUUGGAGGUCCACCAGUUUUACCCGCUUGUCAAGGUGCAGUGCUCGGUGGAUCUGAAGUAUUUCUUGUGCUCCAUGUACGCUCCGUUCUGUGCCAGGAUCCCGGACCACCCCGCCCUGCAGCCCUGCCGAUCGCUCUGCCUCAGCGCCCGUAGCGGCUGCGAGGAACUCAUGAACAAAUUUGGCUUCUCUUGGCCGGCAAGCCUGGACUGCGACCAAUUCCCCGAAUCUGGACUGUGCUUUGAUCGCAAUCGCACAACGGAUAAGUUCACUGUUCCUCCCACAACACCACCCAAUGUGACCAAGCUUCCCGCUACCACCUCCACCAAAAAGGACAUCCCUUUCUCUUGUCCCAAGGAACUCAUGGUGAAUGCGGAUUGGGAAUACGAAUUCUUGGGUCAGAAGAAUUGCGGGGCCCCUUGCCAUAUGUACUUCAACAACACCAGCGAACAGAGAUUUGCUCGCAUUUGGAUCGGGUCCUGGGCAUUCCUGUGCGCAGUUUCAUCCCUCUUUACCGUCUUGACAUUUCUGAUUGACCGGACCCGGUUUAAGUACCCAGAGCGCCCGAUCAUCUUUCUCUCUGGAUGCUACUUCGUCAUCUCCGUUGUCUACAUCAGUGGAUUUUUCCUGGCCGACAAAGUUUCUUGCAACAAGCCGACUGCUCCUGGAAGACUCUGGACCUUGACUCAAGGAGCCAAGCGGGAAGGAUGCACCAUUCUCUUCAUGUUGCUGUACUACUUCCGAAUGGCUUCAUCGUUGUGGUGGGUCAUCCUCAGCUUGACAUGGUUCCUGGCGGCUGGAAUGAAAUGGGGGCACGAGGCCAUCGAGCGCAACUCGCAGUAUUUCCACUUCGCUGCCUGGUCCAUACCUGCCAUCAAGACCAUCAUAAUUCUUGCAGUGGGAGAAAUUGAUGGAGACCCCUUGGCAGGCGUCUGCUACACUGGAGUCUCGAACAUCAACGCCCUGCGAGGAUUUGUCCUCGCGCCCCUCUUUGUCUACCUGAUCAUCGGCUCCAUAUUUCUGCUCACGGGAUUUAUCGCUCUGUUCCGCAUCAGAACUUUCAUGAAGCAGGACGGGAACAAGACAGACAAACUUGAGAAGCUGAUGAUGCGCAUUGGGCUCUUCUCUGUGCUGUACACACUCCCCGCCUCGGUUGUGAUUGGAUGCUAUUUCUAUGAGCAGGCCAACCAUGCCCGUUGGCAAGCACAUUGGAUAAAGCAAAACUGUAACCAGUACGGCUUCUCCUGCUCUGAUCCUAUUACUAACCUACAAAUUCCUAACCUACACCUAUCCUAUCCGGACUUUCUAGUCUACAUGAUCAAAUAUCUCAUGCUCUUGGUCGUUGGGAUCACGAGCGGAGUUUGGAUUUGGUCAGGGAAGACUGUCCGGUCGUGGUCAAUAUUUUACAGCAGAAUCUGCUCGAUAUUUCAGCCAAAACAACCACCCACAAACGUAUGAUGUGACGUAUUCACUUGCAAACAAAAUAACACUGAGCACCAGUAUAAACUGUUAAAACAUUAGUGUAGUUGAUAAAGCCAAGCUUUUUGUGUCGACCAACCUGCAGACGUCUUGUUGGUGUUGAAACCGGUUUCAACGUUGACGGGUUGUCAUCGUUCUCGUUGGUGGAACUGUUCAAAUGAACUGGACUGCAUGUCGGUGUGAUAUUGUGACUGUGAGCUUGCGUGAGAAUUGUGAACAAGCCAAAGCAAGUUUUAAGUGUUGCGUAGCUUCAUGGAGAGCAAAGGUACCCACCCACCCCCAGGCCUGGACCUAACCAGGUGGGUGAAUAAUUUGUAAAUACAUGCUGUAAUUUUAAAAAAACAAAUGUGUCCAAAUAUAAUCCAUCAUGUUGUGCCGAAAUUGUACUAUUACUAAAAUGCAGGCACAGCUUUGUACUGCAUGAGUGUUGUUUUACCAUGUUUAACGAAAGCUGUUUUAUGAGAGUGUAAAUCGUUCUUUUUUUAAUCGUGAUUUUUAUCAGACAAAUGGUACCUUGCUUGAAUUUUCUUUUCACCCACUCGUCGAACUAGACGCAAUUUUGGAUAAACUAAAAAAUUACAAAUUGCAAGAUAACUUAAAUUCAGUACAUAGGUGUCAACAAGUCUAAAGUUUAAACCAAAAACUCGGUAUGUAUGGUGAAAAAAAGUAACUGAAUGUAAAAAGGUUUUAGUAAAGUAAGUCGCAAACUAGUCAUGUACUAUGUAACAUGUUCACAAAAGUGUAUCGAUGUAUCUGCACAGCACGCGAAAGCUCUCAAUCGGGCAACACUGGUUGUACUUGUAGCAUCCGUGUGAAGUAAUUGAAAUCAUCACUGAAAAUAUAAACUUGGCACCACUUCGUCAUAGUGUAGCGGCAAGGCUGAUGGAACGCAAACAAGAGUUUUUGAAACAUUGAACAAUUGGUACUGCAAGCAUCAUGACAGCUGUGUGUACGUUGUGUUGUACAUCCAUGUACAUGUACAACACCUCUUCAGUUUGUGGUGGUCCCUGAAUUGCUGAUCUCAUUCGUGAAUAUGGACCAUGGAACCAUCAUCGUGCACAAAGGUCCUUGGAGGCCCAGAGCCAAAUAGAAGGCUACACAAACUGUCUGGUAUGCCGGGCCAUGUGUGAUUAAUGGGAAGGCUUAACAAAACCAUUGUGAGGGACUUUGGAAAGGACUAACAGCCACAGAGCAUAUGUGUUUUGUUGGCAAGCCCCAGCAUACAAAUUGCAGGGCUGUGUGACGGCGGCCAUCUUGAAUGAAUCACUGAUGUAAUGUGUUGUGUAAAUCAUUGAUGGCAGGAAUAGUGUCUCUCUUUCACAAUGCCUGUCUGUAAAGAAGUAGACUAAAGUCAAAGGGGGCUUCCUUUUUUGGGGUCUAAUCAUCAUACUGUCUGUCAAGUGUACUCCAUUAUUUGGGACGCUGUUCAGCUUGCAUUUUGCUAUGGAAAUGGAAUUCUGCAUUGAUAAAAAUUCAUUACUUGUAUACUAAAGGAUCUGGAGUUCAACAUAUGACACAUGGGAUUGGGACAGGCAUUGUGGAAUUAUAUGUAAUACGGUUUAAUUUUUGCGUUUCCAAUCUGAAUACUAAAUUCUCUUUUAUUGUGUAGGCCAUUUUCCAAGGUUAAUUUUGCCUAAGAGUGUCUCACUGUCACAAAGCCUUAAAUAUUGUGCGCUUGGCACAACUUGAGUAUUUUGAAACUUUGCAGUACUUUCUAAGACCAUCAGUCAUAUUAAAAACUUUAAGCACACCCACAUUUUCAGUAUGUUUGAUUAUAGUACAUGUACACAUCAUGCAAUUCUUGGAGAAAAAAAAAUUGAAAGCCUUUUCUUGGAAAAUGGUAAACACAGUACUUAAUCAUCAGUUACUAUUUAUAAACAGUACACAAUAAAUCCAACUUUGUUGAUAUUAAUACAAGAAUAUCUAACUUAUAUCCUGUGCCGGGUUGAUAAUCAAACCAUCUCUUCCAAAAAUCCAACCAGAAAUAAUAUUGGUGUAUUUGGUUGGGAUAUGCGUGGAAUGGAAGCAAACAAAUGCCCAGUGUUUGAACGGAGAGUACUGUCCAAGCAUAGACCUCUGUGAUGCCAAGCCGCUUGGGCCAUGAUAACUGAAGUCCAAAGGUCUAUUUCCAACAUGACAUGUGCAGUUGGCUUGGGCGCUUGAGUGCAGAGCGAAUUCUCUGUCUCAAAUAACUCAAAGUGACCUCCAGUGUUUUGCCCAGCUUUGUGUCAGGCCCUGCCAAGAUAAUGAUCGGUCAAGCCAGGCGGAAAAAAUCUAGGAGACAUCGGUCUCAGUGAAAAGCGAAAAAAUGUCUCCAGGCUAAAAUCAAGUGAACUUAAAAUCCUCACGGCUUACAUGUACAUUCUCAAGAGUUGGGGAAAAAGUUGGGGGUGGGGAAUUCAACUUGAUCGGCACUUUUCAGGCUUGUGUACUAAAAAUUGUAAAUGACAUGUAAAUGAGAAUUAGGCUUGAGCAUACAUGUAUGUAGCACACAAGGUCAUUUUUAUGCGUCAUUCAUGAACAUGCUUCAGGCUGUCAUUAACUUUAAUAUUUCAUAAUUUUAUGGUUCAUGACAGACGCAGUGCUCUCCGUGGGUGAUGAUGACAUUUCUUAAACUUGUGUUUAAAUAUUUACAUGGCAGACAUUCCCGUCAGUGUGAAAUGUUGGUCUGUGCAUAUACGAACAUCCCUUCUCCUCUGAAUUGAAACUUGGGCGAAACUAGUUUGUGGUUUUCCCUGAAGAAACAUUGCUCCAAAUUGCAAGGAGAAACAGAUACUGAGUGACCUUUUUCUGGAAGGCCAUUGCCCUGCCUACCAGGGAGAGAUUCCAUAGCCCCAUUCCUGCAACUUCUCAAACUUCAAAUUCACAUCACCUGUGCCCAAAUUGACAUCAAUCUCCCCUUGCAUUUUCUGCAGAGAGAUCAAUUUCACAGGUCUCAGGGGCUAGCUCAGUAGCUGUCUCUCUGGCUUGGAAUUUUUUAAAGGGGCAGUGCAGAUGUUCUCUGAACAUGCUGUGCACAUGAAUCAUGAACGCAAAGAUCAAGGCUUUUUUAAGUGCUUCGUUUUCUGCAUCGUUUCUCAACACGAGCAGCCUAACUUUUACAAGUCUUUAAUCCAAGACGUUGUCUCUUGCAGUCUCUCUUGCAAAAUUUUUAAUUAUCGAUUCAUUGUUGACACCAAAAAUUCACUAUAACUGCAUUGUAAUCACAUUUCAAAUCUAGUACCAUGUGCAUGCGUUUAAAUCAGUACUCAAACACUGUACUUUUAAAUUACUUUGUACUGCCUGUUGUCACUUUGUAUAGCAUGACUGCUCUAAAUGCAGUACUUUUUGAGGGUUGGACUAUUUGAAAGAAAUUACCAUUUAAAGUCAUUUAAAUUUAUGCGCUGAUGUAUUUGCAAAAAUGUAGUGCUUCACUAAGUGAUUUCACAUUAAUUGUACCUGUGCUAUUAGUCGGUGUUCACAUGGAAAAUUGCACUGGCCUGAGGUUAAUUAGAUAAAAAAGUAUCUUGGUUACUUGACAGUACUAGGCAUAUGAUGAUUGUAGAUUCUAAAUUCAAAAACACUGUACUGUCAUUUAUAGCUACACGCUUCAACUCCAGUUUUUAUAUGCAUGUCAUCCAGUACUGUUAUAAAAACUAACACGGCUGCACACACAGAACUGGCUUCAAUUUGUUUCAUUUCCCAGACGGGCCGUGACCUGACCAACAAAGUCUCCAGUCAGGCGUGAUGUAAACUUGUCAUCUCUUUUCAGAGAUGGUCCUGCCCGUAAUUUUUUAGGAAACUGGUGAAGCGUUACUUUGUUUCUUUUUGCAAAACCCUGGAUGUGCUGUGUUAGAGUGUUGGGCCCUGCCAUGCAUGGUUAAUGGUGUGUGGGUUGGCAAGCCCCUCACCAGGGGAGGUUGUUUACCUUGGUGUGGCGUUAUGUAUAUGAUAGUUCCUACAUUAUCCAGCCUGUUUUCAUUUAUAAAUUAUUCUUUUGAUAAACAGUUGGUAAAUUCCAGUUCAAAUUUUAUGCCUUAACACUUUGGUGAUACAUGUAUUGUGAUUGUAGCUUCUCGUCGGGGAAAUUACUAGCUUUAAAAAAAAACUGUGAAGUAUAGAGAACAUGGAAGAGAACUGUAUAACAUUUUUACAGUACUUGUAUUAUUUUUACAAUACUUGUAUUAACACUGAACUUGUUUUUGUUGGUCAUGGAUUCUGUUUGUGUAUGACUCUAUGAGUCACAGGGGGGGGGGGGAUCUGGCAGUAUGCAUAAAUAAUGAAGCCAUCACGUCAUAGAAAAUUGUGUGCAGGGCCCACGGAGAUCACAAUUAAAACUCUAGUGUAAUUGAGAAGAGAAUAGAGAUGCAUUAGCUAUUUCAUGCCAGUGGUGUUAAAUGCCAAAUUUUCAUUGAGUUUUGAAAUUUAUAAGUAAAAAAUCUUUAUGAGUGAAGCUUUCAAUUAUUUUUUUUCCACCAGAAACAAAACUAUCUUAAAAUCACCACCCUAGAAAAACAGUCUGUAUUUAAGGCAAAGUUUUAACUUGUUUUUGUGUUAAGUGCCAUUUUGUUCGUUGAAUUUUGAAAUUCACUUGUAAAAGACCUUCAUAAGUGAAGCUUUCAAUUAUUUUUUUUCUACCAGAAACAAAAAUAUCUUAAAAUCACCACCCUUGAAAAACAGUCUGUAUUUAAAGGCAAAGUUUUAACUUGUUUUACUGUUUUACAACAAAAUUGUGUUAUUAAAAAAAGGUUUUAAACGUGUGUUUUAUUGUUGUACUGUACCAGUGCAUUUAAAAAGCUCUUUGCCAAUGAUUGUUAAAUAGUAACUGUAACUAGCUGUAAAAAAAUGUUGCAUCUGUGUAUUUAAUCAAAACAGUAUUUUACAAUAAAAGAACAUGCUCAAGACAAAAUGUGCGUUUCCUGCCUCUCUCGAGCCAUCACUUGUACACGUAGCUUCAUCUAAUUCUAAAGUCAUUCAAUUUCAAAUUUUUCACUUGCAUUUGCCCUGUUUCUCACAACAUAAUAAAUCUAUUAAAAAAAAUACACAGUCUGUUUUAUUUAAUCACUAAAUCGGUACAUCACGGAUGUCCAUUAGCUCAAAAAGAAGGCCGCACUGAUAAAAAUCAAGGACUUUUUGGUUUCAAAUUUCUAUAUCGAAAUAAAGUUGCACUGCGGUUUACAGUGUACUUUGUGUCACUAUGGCC